GAAAGAUCUUAUCAUCAUGGCAACUUCAACUGUGUUACACCCCUUGCUCCUUGUCAUCAUCACUUCCUCAUUGCAAUCUGUGCAUGGAAUUGUACGGAAUUCUCCGACAGUGUUCACUGAGAAACCCCUUCAUGGAUGUGACUAUGACAUGGUUAAGAAGGAGGUUUCCUGCAACUAUAAACAACUGGAUGACGUUCCCCAAAACUUUCCUCGGGACACCAAGUACCUUGACUUGUCUUAUAACCAAAUCACCAUUCUUUUGAACUCUUCGUUCAAUGUAUACCCUCUUAUCAGUCACUUGAUUAUUGUUCAAAACGAUGUGAGAUCUAUUGAUUCUGCUGCUUUAUACCCUUUGAAGUUCUUAAGAUAUCUGGAUCUCUCCAAAAACUUCCGUCUUUUGCUUCCGGUAACGGACAUCUUCCUGGUGUCUUCAAAACUUUCCCAUCUCGACCUGAUAGGAUCAAACCUAACAUCAUUCCCAAAUAACAUGCUGAAGUCGACUACACAUCUACGUCUUCUACGUCUAACAGCAAAUUAUUUAUCUUUUAUCAAUGUUAGUUCUUGUUCUAAAGUAGAUGCCGUUUAUCUGUCCAAUAAUCGAAUACAACGCCUUACAGCAGAGGAUUUCAUCUUUCCUUGCCAAACUGACUCUCUCAGUCUAGUAGGUAACCCGAUACAAUUUGUAGAAUCUACUGUCAUUGCAUCACUUAAAGUCCAUUCAUUGAGGUUAGGUGGAUAUCCUUUAAGUAACGAAGUAUUAUCAAACAUCAUCCUCGGAAUCUCAAUGUCCAAAAACAUCAAAGAACUCGGUAUCUUCGGAGGCUCAAUCGGUACCUUUCCAAAGUAUUUAUUUGAUUCACUGUGCAACUAUUCCCUUUCUGUAUUGACCUUCAAAGAGAAUCACUUGAAGAACCUCCAUCCUUUUGUCUUUUCGAAUUUGACAACACUCAAACAGUUGAUUAUCAUUGAUAAUUAUGUCUCAAUUGACAAUAUUCAACCAAAUUUUUUUGAUGGUAUGCACGCAUUGGAAGUGUUGAACAUGAGCAACAAUGGUAUAUUACAAAUAAAUCCCAGCAACCAGAAUUGGACUUUGAAUGUAACUCACAUUAACCUACGAAAAAAUGCGUUGAGAACAUUAUUCGUGUCUGCAUUUCAUGGUUUAAGAAACUUAAUAUUAUUGGAUCUUCGCGAAAACAAUCUUGUUGAACUUACACUUACUGCCUUUUCAAGGCUAAGAUCAUUAUACUUGAACAACAUCGAAAACCCAUACGGUGUAUUGCGUCCGGGUGAAUCGUUUCUAACUCUAAAAUCUCUUGUAGAUCUGAGAUUGCGUCACGGUUACAUUAAUGGUGCUAUUCUAUUUAACACGGAAGAAAAAGUUUCUCUGUUUGAUGGUUUAUCCAAUCUUCGCUUUCUAGACUUAAGCGAGAAUCAACCGUUGGGUAUCGUUCUACCGCAUGAUGUAUUCAGGCAACUAUCUGCUUUACAGGAGCUAACUUUAGAUGAUUGCCAUAUCAGGCAUAUUAAUCCUCUUUUGUUCUUGGGAUUAAGAUCACUUCAGAAGUUGAGUUUGAAAGAAAAUAGAAUUACCCAAUUAUCAUAUGAGUUCAUGUUUUUGUUUCAUUUAACCGAUAUUAACUUAAACGGAAACGUUAUUUCGUAUUUGGGACCAUCGACGUUCUCAACUAAUAAGAAGCUUUCAAUUAUUUCAUUGGCUCACAACCAAUUAACGAACCUUGAUCAGCGUACUAUCAAACCGAUCAUUUUCUCCAUCGUAUCACUUGACCUAUCAAACAAUCCAAUUAUUUGUGAUUGUGAUCUAAACUGGCUUGUUGGUUUGUUGAACAAGAACCUGCACUUAGCACAGGAAGAUAAUACGCACUGUUCACAGGCAUCUCUUAAGCCUUUUCGUCUAAAACCUCUGACCGAUUUUGAUCCGAAUGACAUCUGUACUAAUAUCAAUGUCUUUUCCCUGUUGGCUCCGCUGUCAGUCUGUUGUUUGUUAUUCAUCAUCCUAGUUGUAUUUCGCAACCGAUGGCAUUUGAAAUACAAGAUCUUUCUCCUGAAACUAGCUGUCUUUGGAUACAAAGAGAUAAGAGACGCCCGGGAUCACAACGAUUUCGAGUAUGACAUCAACAUCAUGUUUUAUGACGACGACGAAGAAUGGAUUCGCGAACAUCUUCGACCUGCUCUCGAAGAAAACCUUCCACAGUUCCAGAGGAACGUCUUUGGUGACGAAGGCCUUGUCCUUGGUAUGCAUUACUUAGAUGCUGUGGAUCACGCGGUGACCCAUAGUUACAAGACCAUCAUCGUACUCAGUAGAGCAGCUGUGAGAGACCACUGGUUCAUUCUUAAGUUUCGUACGGCCAUGGAUCACGUGAGUGAUACUCUGACUGAAUUUGUACUGGUGAUAUUCCUUGAAGACAUCCCAGAUGAUGAAGUGCCUUUCUUGGUGAGGUUGUAUCUAAGUGAUGGCAGGCCUUACAUCAACUGGACAGAUGAUGUAAGAGGACAUGAAUAUUUCUGGAAUGAGUUGUCAAAGAGGCUGACCAUUAAUCUAAGGACAAAUGAUAUGAUCCCAAACGAGUAGCAUUCAGAUUUAAAAUCACAUUUAUGACUUUUAUACAUCACUCACACUACGGAAAUAGGUCCAACUUUACACAUCUACCAAUGUCACACUGGAAACACCUUUAAAGGCGCCCCAAUUUCUGAAAGGUGCACAUUCGCAAUUCUGGGAGGUAUACUGUAGGUGCAGAAUUACACCUUCAACGGUUCUCCGACUGUGAUAUUGAUUUCAUAAGUACCAAAGUUGCGAAGUUGAAGCUCCUUUUUGUUAGAGUGUUGAAUUUUCCAGAUCGCAUUCUAAUGAGUAUAAAAGAGGAGUAUGAUCAUAAAUAUUACACUUACAACGAUUGAUGAUUUUGAUAAUAAUUAUAUAGUUUCAUUGUAAAGAAAUGCACGUUAAAGAAAGGCAAUCAUUUAUGGUUUUAAAUAAAACGACUAUUAUGCGCCAGAGAGCAUGUAGGCAGCAUGGCGCCCACAGCUGGGGUAAUAAUGCGCAGUUGAUUAUGUAAUAAAUUGCGCAAUAUAAAUGUAUUGUUAUUAUCAUUAUUAGAUGUACUAUUGGAAUACGAUUUACUACACCUAAAAGAAAAUCAGAUUAUAACCAUCAUUUAGGCUACCUGCAUGGUCUGGAAAGUAGACUAUAAUAUUUAUAUAUAUUUGUCGCUAUUUGGACUAAUGUGCUUCUUGUUGCCAUUCGUUGCCAUUUACAAAAUGAUUUAGAAUUAGGUAUUAUAUUUUUAACAAUUUUUUUUACAUAAAGACGAAAUCUAUGAAAUAAAUAAUAAAUUUAACUGAGUUUGAUAUAUUGAAAUUAAUAAAGAUAAAAGUAUUUGAGUGGCGUUAGUGCCAUUGGGGUGCGUAGGGAGGGAUGGGUAAUCUGGCCCCUGUGACUUUUUUUUUCAAAUAGUGAAAACAAAACAACGUCAAAACCCUUCGUUUGACUACAAGCAAAUAUCAAAAGGAUAAUACGAAAAUACAUUUAUUCUUAAUAUUUUUAUCGAUUGGGUUCAUACAAAUAAAAGUGAUAUGCAUAUAUUAACGCUUUUUCUCCAAGAAAUGUAUCAAUCCAUCAUUAUCAUAAUCUAAAGUACGAGGAAAACCAUAGACCUACACAAAGAGUACAUGCUUUCAUAGGUUUCUGUACUUUUCUGAUUUCGUAUGUGGUGUAGAUCAGCAGAAAGAUUAUUUUAGAUACUGCAUUUGGUAUGUGAAGGUUUGUUUUGAUCAUAAUUAUAGAAACUAUAUUCCCUAAUUGAAUUUCAGGGGUGCAUUCUGUGUCUGAUUCGAAUGUAAGAGGUUAAAGGUAUUUUCUUAUAUUUUUAAGACUUUGCAUGUAUAUUUAUAGUUUUAUACAUUUCAUGAC